CAGGAAAUUGAACAUUGGAACAGAGCACAGACCUUAUCUUCAAUCAACUGUCAGUGUCAGCUUCUUCGUCCCCCUCGCACCGUCCACGUGAUAAGGAUCAAUUUCUCAUCGCUCCCUCGAAACAAAACAAACAAAUCCUCCCUUCUUCCCACUUGUCCCCGAUUGCCAACAGAUAAGGAAGUCUCCAGAGAAUCGAGACACGGACACACACAGGGAAAGAAGCGGGUGCUUCCCCUUUAGUUCCCCCGCUUCUUCCUUUUCCCUUGAUCGAUUGUUCAUCUGGGUAUCCGCAGCUCGGAUCGAGGGAGAUCCCCAUCGACUGGUCGCCGAUCGCGGUUUUGCGACAAAGAUCAGCAGCAAGCGAAGCGGGAUUGAGUUGACCCGACAAGGCGGUGUCUUGAUCUGGGAAGAAGGCGGAAGAGCCUCGGCUUGAGAUAGGAAAAUAGACCGUGAUCGGAAAUGGACAGCAGCAAUAAUAAGACUGUAGUUUGGUUCAGGAGGGACCUGAGGAUCGAGGACAAUCCCGCACUGUCUGCUGCCGCUCGGGAAGGGCCGGUGUUUCCUGUUUACAUAUGGUGCCCUAGAGAAGAAGGGCAGUUCUACCCUGGUCGGGUCUCGAGGUGGUGGCUCAAGCAGUCUCUUACCCACCUCGAGCAAUCCCUGAAGUCCGUUGGGGCCCAGCUCAUGCUGAUGAGAGCUGACAGCACUCUCACCGCCCUUCUGGAAUGCAUUGAAUCCAUAGGGGCCACGAAACUCGUGUUUAACCAUCUCUAUGAUCCUGUUUCGCUUGUUCGUGAUCAUGACAUCAAAGAGAAGCUCGUGGAGCGUGGCAUUUCCGUUCAAAGCUAUAAUGCUGACUUGCUGUAUGAACCAUGGGAAGUUUACAAUGACAAAGGAAACUCCUUUAGAACAUUUGAUGCAUAUUGGGACAAAUGCUUGAACAUGCAAAUGGAACCGAUAUUUCACGGAAUGCCGUGGCGGUUAACGCCUGCCCUAGGAAAAGUGGGUGGAUGUUCUAUCGAGAAGUUGGGUCUCGAAUAUGAAUCAGAGAAGUCCAGCAACGCACUGUUAGGUAGGGGGUGGGCUCCAGGGUGGUCGAAUGCCGAUAAGGUCUUAACAGAAUUUUUGGAACACCAGCUCCUUCACUAUGCCAAGAAUAGGGUGAAAGUUGGGGGAAGCUCCACAUCACUCCUCUCCCCAUACCUCCACUUUGGAGAGGUCAGUGUGAGGAAAGUCUUUCAGAGCACUCGGCUGAAGCAAAUACUCUGGGCGAAAGAGGGCAAUACACAGGGCCAGGAGAGUGCGACCCUCUUUCUCCGGGCCAUCGGGCUCAGGGAAUACUCCCGGUACCUCUGCUUCAACUUUCCGUUCACCCACGAGAGAGCGCUCUUAAGCCACCUAAAGUUCUUUCCAUGGCAGGCGGAUCAAGCCCGUUUCAAGGCCUGGAGACAGGGAAAGACAGGGUAUCCCUUUGUCGAUGCCGGGAUGAGAGAGCUCUGGGCCACCGGGUGGAUACAUAAUAGGAUACGAGUGAUAGUGUCAAGCUUUGCAGUCAAAUUUCUACUUCUACCAUGGAAGUGGGGGAUGAAAUACUUCUGGGAUACGCUCUUGGAUGCGGAUUUGGAGAGCGAUAUUCUCGGUUGGCAGUAUAUUUCUGGGGGCUUGCCUGAUGGUCAUGAGCUCGAACGGAUGGACUGCCCAGAGGUUCAGGGGCCGAGGUUUGAUCCUGAAGGCGAGUAUGUGAGGCAGUGGCUACCUGAGCUUGCACGUAUGCCCACUGAGUGGAUUCACCAUCCUUGGGAUGCCCCGCCCCAUGUUCUGAAGGCCUCAGGCGUGGAGCUUGGGUCCAACUACCCGAAGCCAAUAAUUGACCUUGACACAGCGCGGGAAAACCUGACUGAAGCCAUCUUCAAGAUGUGGGAAUUGGAAGCCGCUUCUCGGACCAUGGACCAGAGUGGAACCAGUGAGGUUGUUGGGGACAACUCCGACACCCAUGUGAACGAGAACAUCACCCUGAAGGUCGUGUUAAAUGAAAAGACCACCCCUGGUCCCACUCAUACUGUUUCGUCCAAUGAUCAGAAGGUUCCUACGAUGCAGAACUCGAAGAGCGGUUUGGUUCCUAGGAAGAGACCGAACAAUGAAGCUGAAAACAAUAACCUGCGGGAAUACAGGGUGGAGGAUGUGUGCUCUACCGCCGAAUCUUCAUCAGCCAGUAAGAAGCAGACUUCUAUGAGCAGGAACUCAUUCUCUGUUCCACACUCAUAUUGCUCCUCGUCAAUAGGAAGGCCCUUGGAGGAGCUCGAACUGGAAUCUGCCGAACCAAAGGCAGAGCUGGGCCCAAAUAAAGAAUGUGCAGAGACUACUACUUUAUCAUAGUGGUACCUUUCUUUGGUUAGAUCAACUGAUGUAGAAAGAUCAUCCUGAAAAAUAAGAGAAACAUUUUCAGGUUUUAAUUUUAGCUAUGGUGGCCAAGUUUUCCUUAGUCGUGUAUAUAGAAAUUAGCGACAUAGCGGUUGUUCAUAUGGAAUUUCUUCUCAUUAUGCAUCAUAUAGUUAAAGACUUAAAUGUACUUUGAGCUCAUUGUGGAACAAUUUCAGAAUUGAUUUUAGCUGUAAAAA